CAAUCUAGAGGAUUCCUAGUUGUAAACAACUCGACAACAGUUGUUUUUGUCACUAAACGUAUAGCGUGCGCUGAAAGAACGAGUCGUUUGUAACGAAGUUGAGAGUUCGAAAAUUUUUUCAUUAAAUCGUUUAUGAAACACAUCAACAAUUCAUACCAAUGACGGCUGGUAAAACCAGACUGCUCGAUUAUCACUCUUUAGUUUUCAAGAAAAAAGGAGGAGGAACAAUACAAUGAACGUUCAAAGUGCAGUUAUGUUGGAGGGCUGGUGCAUUCUUUUCGUGUUUAUUUCGAUCUGUGAUGUCGUUUUUCCACAAGUUGGCCAAUCAUGUUUCAUGUCUAACACAAGACUACCAGGAAUAUGUAAGAUAUCUUCAGAUUGUCCGGUUGCCGAAGAACAAGCAAAAUAUGGAAUUGACCCAACAGUAUGCGGUUAUUUUCAGCUGACAACACCUAUUGUUUGUUGCGAAAAAAACUCUUUUGAAGAUGGGGAGUAUCAAUCGCCUUCGAAACCAGUAUAUCCGACAUCUACUAACUCGUUUUCAGGAGAAGAAAACGAAAAUAAAUUCAAUAGUAACAACCAAGAUAAUGGCAUCAUUUUCGGUGGUGAUAGACCUUCCGAAAAUUCAAAUAUUUAUCCCAACACUUUCGAAUUGUAUCCAGAGGAAUCUAAUUCAAACGCAGGAAAUGGAGAUUCUAUCGUCUAUCCCUACGAAAACGAGUCGAAUAAUAACAAUGCAGUGCUGAGGAAAAGCGAGUUAAAAUGUUUGAAUUACACAAGACCUUUCAACGAAGUGGUCCAAGCAAUUCCACUUCUCACAGAAACUGAGGUUGUAAACGUAAAUAUAGAGAAAUGCAAUAAUAAUGGAGUUCCGCUAAUUGUUGGAGGUGAACCAGCAGCACCAGGGGAAUUUCCUUUCAUGGCAGCCCUUGGAUUUUACGUUGAAAACUCUAUUGACUGGCGAUGUGGUGGAACACUUAUUAGUGAACGUUUCAUAGUGACAGCAGCGCACUGCACCGAUUCUAGAGAUGCAGGUCCACCUAGGGUGGUGAGAUUGGGUGAAAUAGAUUUGACAAAAUCUGCUGGAAAACGUAGUCGUUUCGACUUUGACGUUGCUAACAUAAUCACGCACCCAGACUACAACUUCCCUUUGAGAUAUAACGAUAUAGCUCUGUUAAAACUGAACAAAAAUGUAAGAUUCACGGAGUAUGUACGUCCUGCUUGUUUGUAUACCAAUCCUUAUGUGGAGCAGACGCAAUCAAUAGCUACAGGAUAUGGUAAAAAUGAGUUUGCCGCCUCAGAAAAUAUCAACAAACUGAUGAAAGUCGCCUUACAUAUAUAUAAAAACGAGAAGUGUGCUCAAAAUUUUGGUAGUGACAGGAGAAAUUUACCUCGAGGUAUUAUCCAAAGCAUGCUUUGCGCUGGAGAUAUUAAAGGUGGACAUGACACGUGUCAAGGAGAUUCCGGUGGACCUCUGCUUGUUACGAAGAAAAGCAACAAAUGCAAGUUCUAUCUUAUUGGAAUAACAUCCUUUGGGAAAUCUUGUGGAGAACCUAACACUGCAGCCGUUUACACAAAAGUAUCAGCAUACCUAUCCUGGAUUGAAGCCACGGUUUGGCCUUAGUAGCACGAAUAACCCCAUCAUAAUUAUUCAAUAUUUUCCGAUACACAUAUAUAUAUAUAUAUUUCAUAUAUACGCACACGACAUAUGGAACUUUUUGAUUUAUGCAAUGUCCUUGAACCUGAAGGGUAUAUUUUUCUCCAUAUUAGCAUUUCAAUCAGCGGUUAUGGUGACUUCAGAACUCAAUAAUGGCACAAAAAGUGUUAAGUUGCAUUAAAGUCAAAAUAACUGUAAUUCAAACGGACUUGAUUAAGUCGAACUAAGACAAUCGAUAUGAAAUUCCUAAAAUUCAAAGUGAAUCCAAUAAGAUCACAGUCUAUGUAGUGGAUUCCUGAAAGUAUUUCGGAAUUGAGCUUUGAAAGCUAUGAAAAUAAAGUCUAAAAUAAACAGCGAUCCCUCAUUUCUUGGUUCUAGUCAUUUUUGGUCAGUAUACGAAGAAAGAAAAAACAAUAUUUAUAACGAGCGUUCAUUUGAAGUCGUGGUCUAGUGUGCUGUGCUAUUGUGCACAACUUCUGUACACAAAAUUUCAACCCAGUAGAAUGUCACAGCACUCUUGACCACGAAUUUAUUUGAACGCUCGUUAUAAUGAUUACGAAAAGAAUUUGAUCUCUAUGUUAGAUACAAUGGAAACUAGUAGAAUAGCACAAAUUUUAAGAAAUGCGUAAUGACAAUUAUUCACUAACAAUAACACUUGAAAAAUGAAAGUAUAUUUGAGAUUUUUUAUGAUGGCAUAUAUGAAUUUCUAUCAUUCAUAUUUCUUCAUUACUACAUUAAGAUAAGAAUAUGUGAAAAGAUUAUCGAACUAUGUAUUAUUUUAUAAAAUAUCUGAAUAAACUGCAAAUAUUGUGCUUUUAUAUUUAUGUCCCUGA